CACACCCCUCUCCUCCCUCGUCUUCUUCUCGCCCGGCGGUUUGUGCCCAGUGGUGUGCCCUCACACUCAAGAGCAAACCGUAGAAGAGCAAAGCUUCCUUCUUGAGAUGUUUCUGAGGUCCAAGUUCCAGGAGAUGAUCCUGAGGAGGAGGUCCAGAUCGACGAACGGCGCGCAGCACGCCGGCGACACGCCCCCGCCGGCGCCGAGGCUGCUGCACUCGGCGUCCCUCCCCGCCGGCAGCUGCGCCACGGCCGGGAGCCCCCAGCGCGACUCCUACUCCAUGAGCCCGACCUCCGUGCUCGACGCGUCCGCAUCCUUCGGCUCGCCCGCCGGCGCCGACGGCGGCAGCAUCAGCAAGCGCCGGCCUUGGUGCGACGGCUGCGCGGGCCCGCACGGGCUCGCCGACGCGCUCGACUGCGCCCACGACGGCCGGGAGCGGAGGCGGAGCAUCCUCGCGGGCCGCGUCAAGGCGCAGGCGCCGGCCCUGGUCCGGUCCUGCUCCCUCGACCGCCGCGUCGAGUUCGGGGUCAAGAACAAGAGCUCCUGGCUGCCGCUGCGCGCCGGCGGCCGCGCGACGCAGGAGAAGGCCACGGCGCCCGCGCCGGACGAGGUGGAGAUGGAGCCGUCGUCCGAGGACUACACCUGCGUCAUCUCCCGCGGGCCCAACCCGAGGACGGUGCACAUCUUCGGCGACCGCGUCGUGGAGGGCGACCACCGCGAGACCUCGCCGCGCCAGAUAACAAACCUGCCGCCGGCGCCGACUCGUGGAGACAGAGGCUUCUUGAGCCUAUGAUGCCAUCCAUAGCAACUUGAUGAUCCAUGCCAUGCUUCGGUCGGUAAAGUACUGCUAAGUCUCGGUGAUGCUGCCAAUCUUGUCGUAUUUCUUCUUCUUUAUUAUUAGUUCUUCAAUCUUGAUGGGAUGAUCAAGUAGACGCUUCUUGGAUCAGACGAUGAUCAUUAUUACAUAGGCUUCUUGCUUGGUCACAUGAUCAAACAGAGAUGGGUUUUGUCUGUAAUAGAAAUUCUUUCCUCCAGAGCACAUGUUUGUACUACCAGAGUUCUUGUAAGAUCCGAACAUGUAAAUUAGCUGCUGAAUUGAAAUGAACUACUCUACUAGAAGUAUGAAAGAUUUACUGAAUUCCUUGGUUUGCA